AGCGCGGAGGCCGAGAGACCGAUGAGGCGCUACGGGGCAGUGGAGGAGACGGAGUGGAAGGCGGAGGCGCUGGGGAGAAAUCAACUUGACAUCAUUUCAAUGGCUGAAACAACAAUGAUGCCUGAGGAAAUUGAGCUUGAGAUGGCAAAGAUCCAGAGACUUCGGGAAGUCUUAGUCAGAAGAGAAUCAGAACUCAGGUUUAUGAUGGAUGACAUACAGCUGUGCAAAGACAUUAUGAACCUUAAGAAAGAGCUGCAGAGUUUGGUAGCAAUCCCAGAAAAGGAAAAAACAAAGAUGGAGAAACAAAGAGAGGAUGAACUGAUUCAGAAGAUCCAUAGACUGGUACAAAAAAGAGAUUUUCUUGUAGAUGAUGCAGAGGUGGAGAGAUUACGAGAGAAAGAAGAAGACAAAGAGAUGGCUGAAUUCCUUCGCACCAAGUUAAAACCCUUAGACAAAGCAACACAGUCUCCUACCAGUGAGUUCCUAAACAUUAAGGAAAACAAGAAUAGGGAAACCACUAAAGGCAACUGGAUAAAAGAGCAUUUUCACAGGCCAUGCUGGGCCAGCCAAAAAAGCUGCCAAAAGCUAGGUUAAUCUAGCUAGAUCAUCCUGAAACAAGAUAGUGCAUCAGCAAUUGCUAGCCACUUAGAAUUCAGAUGCCCAAUUACCCCUUAAAACUGAAUCCAGGUCCUCUAUGGCCACUUUAAAAUUGCUUUGUAUGGUUUAAGUAUGCAAAGUAUAUUUGAAUACAUAUUGCCACAACCUGCUUUUGUAAGCAACUAGAUUUAUUUGCCAAUCAUUCUUCCCAUCUGGUUCUACAAAAAUAACUGGAAAAAUACUCCUAAGAUAUAUGCUAGGAUAUCUGAAGCAAAGUUUGCCUGUUUCACUGCAGGCAAGGUGGAAACUAGAGAAAAGACUGCAAACUUCCACAGCUGCCCCAAAUUUCUUACAUCUUACCAGCAUAAAUAUUCUUUUCUAUCACCUCAACCCAAAUCACGUAUGGACAGAACUGCAAAUACACUAAUUUCUCAGUAACUAAGCAUCUUGGGUGAUUCUCUUGGAAGCUUUUACCUGCAAUGUUCAAACAAAACAGUCACAGCAUGAGCUCUAGAAGUUAACAGAUUGAUUUCAAAUGCAGUGUUAGCAGAAAAGAUUCUUUUCACCCUGAAAAAUUAAAACCUACUUUUAUCUUGUUCUUCUAAUUACUAUAUCUAAGUUGAUGAGAGAAUAAACUCUAGCAGUAUUUUUGUUCUUCAACUCCUUAGUUGUUGGAGUUUAAACACAGUAAGAUGACUUUCUGUGGAAGAAUCUGUUAUCUGACCCUAUGGCUCUGAACAGGGACACCUGGACUGAACAAGAUGCAAGAAGUUUAGCCUCCCAUUGAGAUAUCUGGAUUCUCUAGCCCCUGUUAAACUCCCUCCUAUAAAGAGAUAAGACUUCCUGAGCAGUUUGAAUCCACAUACCGGCUUGGUUACUACCAAAGUGUUGGACAUAUUUUUCAAACAAGAGCUAAAAAAAUUCAGGGAGGAAGAGAAGAGGGGAGGGCGUGAAAGGCUUACAUUCUUUAAGCUAGAAGUAGGAAGAAAUAGUUUGACCAGCUCUUGAUUUUAAUGGUGUCCUGUUUUGAACAUUGCAGGCAGCCCAGCAGAAAAGAAGGCAGAACCUCCUCCAAGCAAGCCCACCAUUGCCAAAGCAGGAUUGGCC